GGUCUGGGUGGUGGCUUGGGCUGUGGUUUGGGCAUAGGCUCUGCCUCUGUCUCUGCCUCUGCCUCUGGCUCCAGCUCACGCCCAGGCUCUGGCUCCUCAUCCUGCUGCACCUCCUCAUGGCUCCACGGUCCCUCAGCCACGUUAUGCUAUUGCUGGGUGGUGCUGUGGCCGUGCUGGGCUCAGUGCUCUUCUUUGUAUGGAAGGCCUACUUCAGUGACGGGAGCGGGCGGCGGCGGAGGCCCUGGUGGGAAGCGGAGCUGAGCCCCUACGUGGGGGAGUUGGAUCCAGAUGAGCGACAGGUCCUGGUGCUGGGCCUGGAUGGAGCUGGGAAAAGCACCAUCCUCCACUGCCUCUCCGGCCAUGGAGCCAAAGAGCGCAUGGCUCCCACCUGGGGUUUCAACUCUGUUCGGCUCCCCACGGAGAGCUUCCAGAUGGAUUUGCUAGAGGUUGGUGGCAGCCAGAACCUGCGGUUUUACUGGAAGGAGUUCCUGAGCCAGGCAGAUGUGCUGGUGUUUGUGGUAGACUCUGCUGACCGGCUACGGCUGCCCUGUGCUCGGCAAGAGCUGCACAUGCUGCUGGCAGAAGAUCCGGACCUUCCUGUGGUUGUAGUAGCCAAUAAACAGGACAAGAGUGAGGCCUUAAGCGUGGCUCAGCUGCAGCAAGAACUGGACCUGCAAGCCUUUGGCCAGCGUGAGUUCUUUUUGCUGCCAGCCAGCAUUCCCCCUGCUGGGCCAGGUUCUUCACCUCCAAGCAUUCACCAUGUCUGGACACUGCUAUUGGACCUUCUCUCCCAAGCUUGACUGGGAAUAUACCUCCUGGGGUAAGGGCUCCCCACUCACCUUCCCACCCAGCCCAUAACCUUCAGGUUGGAGAGGUGCUUUUGUGAGGAUCACUGAAAGCCCUGGAUUUGGAGCCAAGACCUAGGUUCCAAUCUAGACCGCCAGGGAAGUCACUGCACCUCACCUGUGUCCUCAUCUGUAAGAUGAGGGGUUGGUCCAAAGUGGUUCUUUUAGGUACAAAAUCCUGAACCUGGAUCCUAAAAUUAUAAUCCUGGUGCUCAGAUGAAAAGAAUUUAGGAGCUCAAUAGAUACUGUUGGCUUCCUUCUUUUCCUUAGGCUUCUGGGUAAAUCUGGGCUCCCAGGAAAGAAAUCCAUAGAGGGAUACUUUCCUUCUCUGCCUACUGUAUCUGGGAUGACUAGGGCAGUGGUCACCUUUCAGGGAGCCCCACAGUGAGCAGCCCUUUUAAGCUCUGCUCUCAGGCCACAAAGUGGCCCUUUGGAUAACCUGCCUACAGUGCCAAACCAUCUCAUACAGGAAGUGGCCUAUGAAUGAUACUAUAGUAUAAUGGAAGAAAACACUAGAUUUGGAGUCAGAAGACCUGGACUCGAAUUUAACUGUGUUACUUAUGAUCCAUCUGACUGCAAGCAAAUUGCUUUCCUUCCUUGAGCCUCAGUUUCUUCAUCUCUGCCUGGCAAAAGAACCCCUGUCUCACAGGGUCAUGGUGAGGCUCAAGAGAACUUGGUGCUACUGACCUCACAGGGUUGUUGUGGGCAAUGUGUUUUGUGAAUUAUAAAGCACUGUGGAAAUAUAAACUAUUAUUUUAAUUUUUAUUAUUAAGGAAGCAUGGCAUAGUAGAUAGUCAGUAAAACCUCGGUUCAAGCCUCAUUUCAGACUGAUACUGGCUAUGUGGCCUCAGUUAUGCUACUUUGCUUUUCUUGGACUACAAAUUACAGAACAGGUGUUGGUACAGGAAGUUUCCUGACUCGCAAUUCCUUACACUACUGAAAUCAUAGGUCAGGACUAAUUCCCCAAUUAUUUAUUGGUGUUAUGUUAUUCACUGUUUGAUUUGCUUCCUGGGUUUCCAUGAAGGUGGAUGAAGAAAGUUUAUUUUCAGGGCCUGACUAGUGGUUAGAUGGGGAGUAUAUAGUUUUCAUGUAGGUACUGCAAAGGGACAGAGCUGGGCCUAGAACUGAACCGAAGAUAAAGUGGGAUUGCCUUUGACAAACUGCAGCACUUUUAAUGAUCCCAAGCUGCUAGCUGCAGUAAAAGUCUUCCCCCCUUUUGGGGGGGGGGGGGUCCAUUCCAGCAUUUUAUUUGUAGGUUAUGUGUUACACCCUUAGAAAAAGAAUCCCAGGGGCAGCUAGGUGGCGCAGUGGCCCUGAAGUCAGGAGCACCUGAGUUCAAAUCCGGCCUCAGACCA